AUGGAAACGAAAGGAGGCAACAGAUUUGAUCGCUACAGAACUAUUAUGCAGAGUCUACGUAAAAGGCUGAGUUUUCGCAAAAAGAAGGAUCAUGUCCCAGAGUGCUCUAAGCCCCAUCAGUGGCAAGAAGACGAGAAGAAAGUCAGAGAAGGAACCUGUAGUUUUCAAGUCAGGUACCUAGGUUACAUUGAAGUAUUUGAUUCGAGGGGAAUGCAUAUCUGUGAAGAAGCUGUCAAGACACUGAAAUCACAAUGUAAAGGCAAAUACCAGAGAGCUGUACUGUAUGUCUCUGGAGAUGCCCUGAGAGUUGUUGAUGAGAUCAGCAAGAGUAUGAUUGUGGACCAGACUAUAGAGAAGGUAUCAUUCUGUGCACCUGAUCGCAACCACGAGAAAGGUUUUGCAUACAUCUGCAGAGAUGGAACCACGAGACGUUGGAUGUGUCAUGGGUUUCUUGCCGUCAAAGAAUCUGGUGAGAGGUUAAGCCAUGCUGUGGGGUGUGCUUUUGCAAUCUGUUUAGAGAAGAAGCAGAAGCGGGACAAGGAGACAGGGGUCACCGUUACCUACAACCAGUCACGGACAAGUUUUGAGCGAACUGGCUCGUUUAGGCAGACGACCAUGACUGAGAGAAUUGUGGAUCCACAGAGUGCAAUUUUGGCUG